AUGGCAGGCGACAGUCUGACCAUCAAGCAUACAGUCAACAGAGAGACAGUGGGGACCCAAGGCAGCAACGACGAGGAGCAGCGUGAUACAACAAGAUUAAUGUUGAACGGAACGAGACAAACACGAAGAGCGCGUCGAGAAGGGCGACGGAACAGCCUCAGUCGGCAGGAAACUCGGCUGGAGAGAGAACGGGAAACAAAAGCCGACCGGGAGUUAGAAACUGAGACACAAAGGCGGCCUCAACUUCACCUCUUCCUCCCCACCGGCCUCAACUUCAGCUCAUCCUCCCGAACGGCCUCAACUUCAGCUCCUCCUCCCCAGCGGCCUCAACUUCACCUCUUCCUCCCCACCGGCCUCAACUUCAGCUCAUCCUCCCGAACGGCCUCAACUUCAGCUCCUCCUCCCCAGCGGCCUCAACUUCACCUCUUCCUCCCCACCGGCCUCAACUUCAGCUCUUCUUCCUCCCCAGUGGCCCCAACUUCAGCUCUUCCUCCCCAGUGGCCUCACAGCUCUUUCCCCCCAGCGGCCUCUGCUAACUUCAGCUUCUUCCUCCCAGCGGCCUCAAUCUCCAGCUCUUCCUCCCAGCGGCCUCAACUUCAGCUCUUCUCCCCAGCGGUCUCAACUUCAGCUCUUCCUCCCCAGUGUGCCUCAACUUCAGCUCUUCCUCACCAGCGGCCUCAACUUCAGCUCCUUCCUCCCCAGCGGCCUCAACUUCAGCUCUUCCUCACCAGCGGCCUCAACUUCAGCUCUUCCUCACCAGCGGCCUCAACUUCAGCUCCUUCCUCCCCAGCGGCCUCAACUUCAGCCCUUCCUCACCAGCGGCCUCAACUUCAGCUCUUCCUCUACUUCCUGGCAUCAUUUAAGGCCUCGGCUAUUGGACAGAAAGAGGCAUCACUAUCCACUGUAAACCAGACACUUAAUCCACAUUAUAACAAGACGCCUUCCUACCAAGUCCCAGCUGGACCACAUCCUAAAGAUCCCAGCAAUAAAUAG